AAAUGCAAUUGCAACACACCUGUUUUCUACUACUUCCCUUUUCCUCUCUCUCUCUCUCUCUCUCUCUUUCAAACUUAUACUUUCCUUUUCCCCUCCCCAACACAACACAACACUUCUCUCUCUCUCCCUCCGUUCUUCUUCCACUUCUGAGAGAGGGAGAAACAACUAAAAAACCCUAAAACCCUCUCCUUCUCUCACAAUCAAAACCUACCUAACAUUAACAAUGCAUAAAACCACACUCUCCAUCUUCUUACUCUUCCAAGCUUUACUAACCGUAACCUCAAAAUCAACCAUAGAACCAUGCACAAACUCCGACACAUGCAACGCAUUACUAGGUUACACUCUCUACACCGACCUCAAAGUCUCCGAAGUAUCUUCCCUCUUCCAAAUCGACCCAAUCUCUCUCCUAACCGCCAAUGCCAUCGACAUCUCUUACCCCGACGUUGAACACCACAUCCUUCCUUCAAAACUCUACCUCAAAAUCCCAAUCUCUUGCUCCUGCGUCGAUGGAAUUCGCAAAUCCGUUUCCACAAACUACAAAAUACGUCCUUCCGAUACUCUUUCCACCAUUGCUGACUCUGUCUACGGUGGUUUGGUUUCUUCUGACCAACUAAAAGAAGCUAAUUCUAUAAACGAUCCUUCUGUUCUUGAUGUUGGACAGAACCUUGUUGUUCCUCUUCCUUGUACUUGCUUCAAUGGUUCUGAUAACUCUUUGCCUGCAAUUUAUCUCUCUUAUGUUGUUCAACCACUUGAUAGUUUGGCUGCUAUUGCCGCUAGGUAUUUCACUACUCUCACUGAUUUGAUGAAUGAUAAUGCUAUGGGAACUACUGCUAUUUCUGAUGGUGAUAUCCUUGCUAUUCCUAUUCCGGCUUGUGCUUCGAAUUUUCCUAAAUAUGCCUCUGAUUUUGGCUUGCUUGUACCUAAUGGAAGUUAUGCAAUUACAGCAGGACAUUGUGUGCAAUGUAGCUGUGGACCCCGAAACUUAAAUUUGUACUGUAUGCCGGCUUCUCUAGCUGUUUCUUGCUCAAGCAUGCAAUGUAAAAACAGCAAUCUUAUGCUUGGGAAUGUUACCGUGCAACAGACUGGUGGUGGUUGCAAUGUGACUUCUUGUAGUUAUGAUGGUAUUGUUAAUGGCACCAUAGCGACAACGUUGAACCCGUCUCUUCAGCCUCGAUGUCCAGGGCAACAGGAAUUCCCUCCUCUUAUCGCCCCACCUACAUCGGUUGAGAAGGAAUCAGAAUUUGCACCAGCACCAUCGCCAUCGUCGCAGUCAGAUGGAACUGGUGGGAGAUCACCCACAUCCUCCGUGGUGCCUUCAACAGGGAUUUCAGGAUUUACUCCUGCAAAUGGCCCUAUUAGUGGGAUUUCUUCUGGCGCGUCUGCUGCAUCCUCCUUGGUGAAGCCAUUACCAACAUUGACGCCUGCACUUGUGUUAUUACUCGUCAAGUUGAUGAUCCCUGUGGCAUUGUAAUCUUCAAAAUUUUAUGGUGGGUUUAAUUUAUGUCUUUAUCACAGGCCCUCCUAACUAUUGUAGUUGCUCAUAUUCAUUUGUACUCUUGAACUCUUUGUGAAUCUAGAAAACUACGGGAUUUUGGGUUUAAUCUUACGUUUAACCUUUUAUUACUUGGUGCUUUGCUGAACUAUUUUGUUCAUCCAGUGAUUUGUAGGUGUAUAAUAUGUUAUCAAUCAUUCAUAGAAGUUCCAAGAUAUUGAUGGUGGCGCCAUUGUGUACACUUUGUAAUCAUAUAUGUUUCUCAAACGUGUUCUUCUGUUCUAUUUCUUCCUUUUUCUAA